AUGGAAGCCACCCAGGGACGACCGCCGGAGUACGACGCUCCUCGCUCUCCGGAAGCCGUUGUAUGGCCCAGCGUACCUUCGCAUGACCCCGAAAAGUCCGAAGUCACGCUGCCCAAUAUCCGGACAGCACUAUCUGCCGACCUCGAGCGCAAGUCGCCGUCGCAGGAUGUGAAUAGUCCCCGCAACCCGCACGCAUCGCCCAGGUCGAAUGGGAGCCUGCCGCGAAUAGACCCGGGAAGAACAUGGAGCGAUGCGCAAAAGGAAGACACAACUAUGGCGAGUCCAGUCGAUACCGGGAGUGUCGUGAGUGCAGAUGAGAGGACGCCGAAUGAGCGCAUGGUGGCCGAGACACUCUCGGAGAUGAGAAAUUCAGGUAAGGGUUCUCUGCGCGAUGUUCCGGGGGUGUCGCGUACUGACCGCGCACCAGAUGUUCGAUCGUCGAGAAGUCAGAGCAUGAACGGCAUUGCGAAUGGAAGUCCAAAUGGAACACACAGCACAGAACCGGAGCCUAUUCUCGAGCUGGUGUCGCAAGUGCAUCCAUGGGUGGGAGGCACGAUUAAUGCCUCUGUCUCCGCAUACACAACGACGAAGUACUAUUCUCCUCGAAUUGUCCAGUGGGGAGUUCAGGCAAUGGAACGGAAUGUUGGAACUCCGGUCUUCAGUGCUGUCGGAAGUGUCGGCAGAUUUACCGGUAUCGAGGGUAACAUUCGCCGGCAUCUGGAAGAUCGCAGACCGGGAGAUCUCGAGCGCAAUGCCGGAUCCGCCAUGGAGAUCGACGGGCAAGACACCGCGGUCGCUAGACUCGGAAGGAAUGGUGAGCAGUUGCCCGCGUAUGGUGCAAGCAGGCCGCCUUCGUACCGCGAGGAAGAGAGUCCAGCCUCAGUGGACCGGACGAAUGGCGUCGCAACUCGAGACAGACCCCCCGCGAAUCGCAGUUGGUCGUCGCAGGUCUGGGUCACAACUUCUGGCCUUUCGGUGGCCUUGAGUACGACAUCACGCCAGAGCCUGCGAUUCUGUCUGAAGCUCUUGGCCGAUCAGAUUGGGAAUGUCAAUCAACUAACAAGAGCACUUUCUAUGCUACUGCAAGACUACGAAGAGACCAGGAGACGAGCUUACAAUACCGACUCGGCGAUGGAGAAAGGUCAACGCCCAUCGACGCCCGAUCGAGACGAAGGCGCCAGAAGAAUAGCGGAAAGCAUUCGGCAGACGUCCGAGAACAUCUGGCAAGCUCUGCGCCAGGUCACCACGGCCGUCUCCAACUACUGUGGUGGAGCUCUGCCUGACAAUGCUCGCCAGUUUGUUCGCGCACAAUUGCUAUCUCUGCCAGCACGGUGGCGCCUCGUGACCCAAUCCCAUACCUCCGAGUCCAACACCACGCGAGCUGCGCAGCGAAUGAUCGACUUCGCCGGCCAAGGCCUGGAUAUGAUGUCGGAAGUCAGCGGCGUCCUACAAGCAACGCUCGAGUCCGCAGAGGGCUGGCUCGCUCGCGUCGGACGACAAGAUCAACAAGACACGACUAUGCAGGACGUCGAUGCCGCUUCGAACGAGAAGCAACCGUCUCAACAGCCCGAGUCGCAGCCCGAGAAGUCAUAG